AUGAUGAAGUUGCGUAUCCGACCCCAGGAGAUCUCGAUUGCGAUGGAAGUCGGCGUGUUGGACAUGCUAACCGUGAUCGUACCUGCUCAUGCCGAUCCCCACGGAAUCAACUAUGUCUCCGAGUUGAUUAUGUCUCGCUGCCGUACCGAAGAGAUUGAGUACUCGGCGGUUGGGUGGGAUCGUUUCUGGAAGUACUUUCGUCGCACAUGGAUCAACAUUUUUCCAGUCGAUGUGUGGAAUGUUUAUGGCAUGGAUUUGGGAGUGGUAAGCCGAACCAAUAACCCCCUGGAGCGGUUCAACCGGGAACUCAACGCAGCCAUCGCUGCGGCACACCCAAGCAUCCCCGCUUUCGUAUCGACAAUCGACACAUUAUCGCGGCGGUACGUGCAACUGCUUGGCGAUAUCUCUAAUCGCAGAGCUGUUGCCCCAGCUCACGGGGAGAUCGAGUUGCCAGUUGCGGUCGGCUUG